AUGACUGCCACAGAAGAAUUGCUGCCAACGCACCAAUACGAAUACUACCACGAGCAGGCUCACGGCGGAGACCACCAUGCCUAUAGUCAAUUGUCGCCUCCGGGUUCAAGAGACCACAUUCCUCAGCCUUUCACAGACAAUGAAGCCAAAUGGUGUCCUCGACACGACGUCUCCCAAAUAGAUGCCGCUGGCUUGAUGGACUCAUUUAUGAUGGAGCCCCUGGAGGGAGAGAAUACACAGGCCUGCACUUGCGCAAAGAAGCCCGAGCGUAGCAGCAAAAAGUACCGAAUCAAGCUGAUUGAAGGCUUGGUGCUGCCGUAUUUCCUGGCAUCGUUGGAUCUGACCGUCGUCGCAACAGCUUUGCCCUUUAUCGCGUCCCAUUUCCACAAGUUCGACCAGCUCAACUGGAUAGUCACCGCCUACACGCUCACUUCGACAGCCUUCAUCCCCUUCUACGGCCAGCUCGCAGACGUCUUUGGUCGACACAUCUCAUUACAAGCAGCACUGUUCUUUACCGUGAUUGGCAGUGUGCUCUGCGCCGCUGCGCAGUCAUGGAGCAUGCUGCUGCUGGGCCGCGCAUUGCAGGGGCUGUCUUCGGCUGGGCUGAGCAGCAUCAUUCUUGUCGUCUUGGCUGAUAAAGUCACCUUGGAGGAAAAUGCAAAGAAUAACACUCUCUUCACCAUCGUGUCCGGUAGCACAUAUGCCAUUGGCCUGAUCACCAGCGCUAACAACAUGAUUCUAGGCAAAUUGGAGAUAUGUCUUUGUAAUUUCCAUCCCAGAUUAACCUCUCAGAUUGCCGUGGUAUCCCAUAUCCUCCUCUUUUUCAUUCUCCGAAACGAGCUGCUAGAGGGCACCCACUUCCACAAGGGCUCGACAUGGUCCGCCAUCUUCCCAGCCUUGGCAACUCUCGAUAUAGGCGGCGUCGUUUUAUUCAUUGUUGCCGUUGGCCUCAUUAUUCUCGGCACUUCUUGGGGAGGCAACACUUUCGCGUGGGACUCUGUACAGGUCCUGGUGCUCAUCAUCGUCGGUGGAAUUCUGCUGCCUGUGUUCUUUCUCUACGAAUUCCUGCUGUCCGAUGGCAGGAUAGUAGCACGGCUGUUUCCACAGCAGUCACCUAUGCUGCCUUUAGACCUCUUCUCUAAAAAGGACACAAUUGUCAUAGCCGUGAUUCAGUUCUCUGCCGGAGCUGGUGAGUAA